AUGUAAAAAAUUAAAUUACUUGUUCUUUUAGCUUUGGCAGCCACCUUAGCAGCAGUUAUGUAUUAAUAUGCACCUUUGGAACAAUAUUAUGUAUUAUUGAUUUAAUAAUUAAGAAUUUAAGAAGACUCUCUCAUGAAACUUAUACAAAGGGUGAAGCCAAUUAUGAAUUUUGUAUGGAAUUAUGUACAAAUAAAGGAGGAGUCAAUUGUGGUGGAAAAAGAAAAGGUAUAUUAAUUCGUUUUUAAAAUUAAAAGGUUGUUGUCAUCGUGAUGCUUGUAGUGCCAAUAAGAUCUAUGGAUGGGAUGAAUGUGCAAAGGGUUAAUCAGUAAGACUUGGUACUGAUAGAUGUAUAGGUAGUUGGGAUUGA